AUGGCUGGCGUAUUUACAAUGUUGGCAGUUCGCCGACUGUUCAGUAAAAAUAUCGUUUUAAGACAUUUGAAUGCUACUAAGUCUGUCUUGUGUCCAAGUGCCAGAUGUAUUUCAACAGUUGAAGGCGCCCAGAAAACUUACAAACCAAAUUUGGCUCUCCGUGUUUCUGAUGAAAAUGACUUGACUGAUAUAGAUAGGUUUCUGCGCAAACAAAGAAUUAAGGGUGCUUUGUACAGCCGCGACGAAAAUGAGCAGGCUACAGAACGUUUUUGGAGUCGGAUUCUAAAAGCUGGGGAUAUGGACUUGAUCGAAAGAUAUCUAAAUAUGAGAGUCAAAUUAGGACUUCAUAAUGACCCGGAAAAGGUUUUAAAAGAUAUGCGAGGUGCUGGAUUGACGCCUAACUCCUGGAUAUACGCCUCCUUUAUAUCUCAAAGUUGUGCUGUCGGAGAUAUGAAUCAAACAAACUUUUGCUUGCGUAUGCUCCGAGAUGCUGGAUUCAAGCCCAAUCGUUACAUUUUUGCCCAGAUUUUACACGGUUACGUGAAAGCCGGACUACCUGAGGAAGUUUCUUCUACGCAGGAGUUACUAUCGCAAAUAGGUUUGUGGCCAUCAAAGUUUGCAUAUGAAGGCCUUUUGUCCGCUUACGCUGAUAUUGGUGACAAAGACAGUUUAUUACGAACUCUAGAUGAGGCUUACGCUGUACUCCCUUCAAUAGAUGACAAAACAGCAUCCCGUGAAAUCUCACCUAUUUUACUCUUGGAUCUGUACACAAGAUUAGUGUGUUCGUUGGCAUAUACUGAUGCAACGUGCAGUGAGAUUACAACAAAAUUACUUACAACAGAUUACUUUCCGUUGGAGUUUGCUAUUGACACUGUCAAAGUACUCUUAGCGAAGGGACGCCCAGCUGCUGCUCUGGAAAUUUUCAAAGUAAUACAUAAGUAUCAAAAACAAAAUGAUCAUCUAUCUUCAUUUCCGGUUUAUGCUGCUGCUGGUGGUUUGGAUUACAAGGCACUAGAACCUUUCUGGCAUACAGCUAAUGUGGAUAGUAAAGAGUUGUUUAUGCUUAGAAAUAAAUGUAAAUUGUAUUUCCAUCGGAUCGGUAAAACAAACAAUAAAUUGGGCGAUCAAUUUCAAACCUGUCUUGAAGAGCACAACGUACAAGGCGCUCUUGAUUUAUUGAAGAAUCUAAAUAAAACGAACAUUACAUUAGCGUAUUCAUUGUUUCUACCAAAAUUAAUCCGCUCGGGGUUUUCUUUACAGGACUUAAUCAAUCAAACUCAAGAUCAUGAGAUUAAUAAGGCUUUAGUGUUCGGAUAUGUGUUUAAUAACCUAGUAUCAAUACAAUCAACAGACGAUUUAAAAUCACGUUUAACUAGCUGUUUGGAAUUGGUGAAUGAGUAUCGCGCUAAGGAAUUACUACCGUACAAUGAUGUUGUUCGUUUGGGCAACCCCAUUGUAGUUAAACUGGUGACAAAUAUAAUAUCCGUUUCAGAUAUGGCAGAAAUUGCAAAGUUGAAUAAAUCAACCGUAAUGCAUGACGUUUUCCGCAUUUUCAGCCAUACACUAACAAAACGUUCGUUACGUAUGCUGUACUUGCAAGUUUUCGAAGCUUUGAUUUUAUCCAACCUUCGUUCAUUUCAUGGCAUCCCAAAAAAUAUUGUAAUUCAACUUGUAGCUGAUGUAUGCGCUCAUCAAAAUGUCACGUUUGGUUAUGGUGAUUGGAUAUUAUCAGGAUUGAAAGAUGCCGGUGUACCAAGGCACAUUAUGGCAAAACUUUCUUCUGAUCAAUCUGUGGAACUAUCUUCGUUUUCAGAUCUUAGCGUUGUGCUUUUUGGUGGGCGAACGAGCAACGCAGUCAGAAGAAACAAAAAUGAAGGUUCAUUAGCUAAUCAAAUGAAGUUGCCUUCUGAAGAAUCAGUACCAAUUGCCGCCGAAUCACUUGUUAAAGCACUAAAAGAUGAUCCUAAGAAAUUGGAAACGGAAUUAAAAUCUAUUGAAGCUUUAUGGAGUUUACAAAAGAAAUUCAUUUUAUUGAGCUAUCUCGUAAAUCUUGGAUCAAAAGAUCUGGUUGAACGUGUGUUACAAUUUUUGCCUGAAGAACAAAGAAAACAACGUGAACCAAUGAAAUCACUUGCACAUAUAAUAAAGUCAUCCUUAGAAAAUGAUACGGAAAAAGAAUCAUCUUCAGAAAGUGUGAAACAGUCGAUUCAAAAUUUACAAAAUCUUUCACCUAAGGAUUUAUACUCUACAAUGAGGGGUCCACACUUAGAUACACUUUUCAGAUGUUGGCCAACUGAACAUAUUUCAGACUUGAUUGAUAUCACAAAAAAGCUUUCCAAACUUGGUCUCAAUUCUGUCAAUUUACAGUUGGCUGGAGUUUUGGUUAAUCGUGGGCUGAGUGACUUAGUUUCUACUUUGUUGGAGAAUAACAAAACAGUUCCGUUUACUUUCUUGGUUGGCAAUCCACGAAAUUCAUUGACGAAAUCUGAAUUUCUGUCUUCGGUGGAGUAUCUAAAAUCUGUUGAUUCUCAGCAUAUUCCUGGUUUUGUGGAUCAUUGUCUCCGCAAUGCAGCUUUGUCGACAAACGAUGACAACUUAUACCAGUUAAUUCGUACAGUAGUAUCACCACCGUUCAAUAUGGAUCUUCUUCAAGUUUGUAUACAACCCACUCUCCAAGUUUUACAUCAUCGUUUGGAAGUGAGCGAAAAUUUACCAGAAGAUAUACUUCAAGCUACUCAACCAGUUGUUCAAAAAAUUAGUGCAUUGAAAGCAAAAGCUUCCAAUUGA